UUAACUAUAUAUAGUCACCCGCCACCAUACCUGCUGCUCUCGGUUAAAUCCAAUGAAGCAUUCAUCCCUGUUGCAAAACGAAGACAACAAUCUACGUGGAAGGAUGCACCCCGCCUCAUGACGGGGCAAGACAUGGGCAGAAAACUUGAACAUGAUACACGUUUGUUCCAGAUGGAAGCUAUGUGAUGACCGACGCUGAAACUCUACUGCUCUGAUGAUGAGGUUCCAUCCCCGUCGUGCUGUCGUAGGGACGUUGAUAGGCUUGGGGUUCAUCCUGAGCAGCGCCAUCAUAUCGGUCCCCCACGACAGCGUGGCGGCCAUGCACAGAGACAAGAAAGGUCACGUGACAUCUAAGCCUCCUUCUAAAACUGGUCCGGCGUCGGGACAACAUCCCCGGACAAAGAGUGAAUACUGCACAGAUCAACCAGACGAUGAUAGCAUAAACCCAGCAAUGUUCAAACAGUUUUUGGUUGACGACAAGUACAAGAUCAUAUACUGCCAGGUACCCAAGGCUGCGUGCACCAACUGGCGGAGGAUGAUGUUGAUGCUGACGGGGAAGAUGAACGCAACGGAUCCACUCAAGUUGAGGUCUCCUCUUGUUCACGGGUUGUAUGACCGUCAUUUAACUCACCUAAAGGACAUGACACCGGACCAGAUCAGACAUAGGUUGAAACAUUAUUAUAAGUUCACGUUCACCCGUGAACCUUUUGAACGUGUCCUAUCUGCCUUCAGGAACAAGUUCCAGGGCAAGAACGUCAACGAAUUCUUCCAGAAUCAUUACGGCAAGAACAUCAUAAAACGAUUCAGGACUAAAGGCCAAAAAGGCGUUAACUUGACGUUCUUUGAAUUUGUGCAAUAUCUUAUAGAUUCUUCAAGGUCGGAGCCUUUUAAUGAACACUGGGAGACGAUCUCAGAGUUAUGUCACCCCUGCAAAGUUCAGUAUGAUUUCAUUGGAUCCUAUAGUAACAUUGCUGCGGAUUCCAAGUUUGUGUUGGCGAAGAUUGGAGCCACCCAUCUGAGUUUUCCCGACCGUUCUGUGACGUAUAAGCACAGUGGAACCGAGAAGCUGCUGCACCAGUAUUAUCGUGACAUCCCCCCUGGCCUGCUGGAUCAGCUCAUGGAGGUGUAUUAUUCCGAUUUCCUCAUGUUUGACUACCGAGUGCCACAAGCCUUGAGGAACCUGACUCAUUGGCGCUUUGGUUUCUAGUCGACGAACAUCGGUGGUUGGGGGAACUUUACGCAUGGCACCACUCAAAUAUUGAAGGUGCAGUAUUGCCCAAAUACGUAACAUGAAUAAGCAACAUCCUAGAAGUGUUUCGGCUAGUGGAGGUGUAUUACGUUCUAUGUUGGACACGGAACUGAUACCCUAUGACAACCAUGGUAUCUAGUUGGUAAAUAUCAGUGUUGACAAAACAAUUACAUAUCUGGAAUAUGAAGUCUUCGGCCUUGAAACCCCAUGACAACCUCGUGAACGUAUUUUGGUCCAUGGGGGUGAUUUUGAAACCCCAUGACAACCUCGUGAAAGUAUUUUGGUCCAUGGGGGUGAUUUUGAAACCCAAUGACAACCUCGUGAAAGUAUUUUGGUCCAUGGAAGAGAUUUAUUUAUGUAUCGAGAUUCGACAUUUAUUGAGCUACAAAACCAAAUAUGUUUUUUUAUUUAAAACUAUGAGCCUGAAUGUUAUUUUAUGAAUAACACCUUGCAAAAAUGUACUUUAUUGAGUGGGGCAAUGUCCUUUUUUCAACUGUCUGAAGCAUAAUUAUUUUUUUCAAGAAUUUUCGGGGACAUUUUUUCCCAGGCCCCCAUAUCAAAUGGUCAGUCCCUAAUAUACUGUAUGAUUCGGUGUGAUAUACAAUGUGCUAUUCCACUUUUAUCUCAAGUGAAUAUAGGUGCAAUAAAAUAUCUCAAGAAUGAAUAAAAUGUAAUGUUAA